UUCAAACCUUCAGAUCAGUCAACCAACAGUCAACUCUUUUGUUUUGAAUUCAUUAUAUCUCACUACUGAAAUAUUAUGUUUUAUUAAUUCAUUUUGCUUAAUCAUAUAUUCCGCUAAACAUGGCACCUAAACCUAAAAAGGACAAAAAGAAGGCACCAGAUGAAGGUUACAAAGGCGGAUUUACCGAAGUAGAAAGAGCCUUGUAUGAACUACAACUAGCUGAUUGCAAUCGAAAAUUAGCUCGACUCCGACAAUCAAUUGAUGAGUAUGAAAUACGAAAUGAAGAAUUGCAAAAGGCCUAUGAUAAACUUGACGAAGAUAGAGCAGAUAUAAUUGCUUACUUGAAAAAAACACUCAAUGUUAAAUCUGAAGAAAAUUCCGAACUCAAAGAAAAAGUGAAAGGUUUAGAAGAAUUACGAGAGAUUGAAACCGAAAAAUUUAAAGAGACUGUUGCUGAAUUACAAAAGAACUUCGUUACUAUGAAAGAUCAGCUCACGUCAGAAAAUAAACUACUGGCUGGUAAGCUCAACACUCUCGAAGAAUUUAGAGCUAUUCGAGACGAUCUCAUGAAGAAAUUCGAAAAUCAAGACCGAGCUUUUGAAGAACAAGAAAUGAAGUAUAAGAGAAUGCUGUAUGACGCUGAAAAAAAAUUUGUCAUAGGAAAAGAUAAGUUAAAAAGGGAAAUGGAAGAAAGACUUUUACAUUUAGCACAAGAAUUUCAAGAUGCUAGUGAAUUGAGGAUUGCCGCAUCUACCCACAGAGUGAUCCGAGAAAAUAUUGCUCUAAAUAAUCAGUUGGAUAGUCUCCUAAUGACGCAAGCUAAAGUGGCUGAGCAAAAUGAAAAGUUUAGAGAAGAUGAAAGAGCCGCUCAAUGUGCCAGAGAAGUGGCUGAAGAACAACGGGAUAAAGCAAUAAACAAAAGCAUUGUGCAGUUAAAAGUUAUUGAUCAAUUAACAACUGCUUUCCAAGAUGUGAAGAAACAAAAAGCUCUAUACGAUAAGAGACAAUUUGAUAAUGAAAAACUCCAAAUAAGAACGCAAAAACUGACGAAAGACAAUGAAAGCCUUUUACUCCGCGUGCGUAUACUUGAACAAAACUUGCAUUCUACUUUGGGUGAACAAAAUAAAUCUGUAGUAGAAACUGCUAAACUGUUGAGAGAACGCGAAAAGUACAAAAAGAUUUUAAAAGAAGCAGCUUUUGCUGUUGAAGCGGCAUUGAAAUUAGACCAUUGGUCCAAAUUGGAUCCCGGUCGGGAAAUUGUUGAUAGAGAAAGAGUGCUUCAAAAUAUUCUAACGGUUAUUAACCAAUAUCGUGAUACUGCACGAGCUGAAUCAAUGGAGUCAUUAAUAUCACUCAGCAAUAUUUAUGAUAAAGGCGACCUUGGUUUUGUACCAAAACCGGCUGUAAGAAAAUCAUUGGCUGCGGGAACUGGUUUGGGAACAACAUCGUCCCUUCAAUCACUUGAAGAAAAGCGUAGCGAUGUGUCUGGUGCUACCACGCCAGCAUCUCCAAUAGGAAGCUUAAGAACGAUACCAAGUGUUACGCUGAUACCACCCGACGAAGACUAUCAACCACCAACUCCUAAAGAUAGUGUACCGUCGUUUACUGUAACGUCAUUGCAUUCAAGUGUUAGUGAAGUUGAAGAUGAAGAAAGCAGAGACUUGAAUGAUAUAAGCAAGAUGCUAGAAAUAAGUAAAGUUGAAAUGCAGAAAUCUUUGAUGCUUGAAAUGGCUUACUCGCAGAUCUCUAAAGUAGCUUUAUCGCAAUCGAAAAUUGAUACGAAAAAAGUGAGCUUGUCAAAGGCAAAAUUAGAAACUCUAUCAGGUGUUGUAGAAGAAGCAGAAGGUGCACAAGAGAAGACAGAUGAAAAAACAGAACAAGGAGAGACAGUAGGAGACGAAGAAAAAGAACCUGUAAAAGAUACGGGUGACGCCCCACAAGCUAGUGAGGAAGAGACAAAAGACGAUGCAGACAAAGCACCUACGUCUGAACCACAGGAAGGUGAACCACCUGAGGACAAAGAAAAAACUGAUGAGGAACCGAAAGCGGAAUAAUUUAAUACUUUUUGUGUUUAAGUUAGUUAUCAUGGGCUGGGUCUGUAUUGACUGUACACUGUGGCAGUGGCUAUGCUUAUUGGACGACUUCUUCACUGGACAAGGCAAAGGAAAUGUUUAAAUCUUCAUAAUAAGGAACAAUUCAUUGUAAAGUAGUUCUUUCAGCCUAUCUUAUUUCUUAACAAAAAUGAUCAUUAGGGAAAUAAUAUGUGUCACAGUGUGCAAGCAAUAUAGUAAAUGUUUUUUGUUUCCUAUAUUUAGUAUGUAGUAGUGAGUUGGUUUGAUGUAUUUUUUUACAUGACGAAUAUAUUUUGUGUUAGUAUAUAAUUUAAUUUAUUAUAACUUGUUCAUUACAUGAGAUUUUUUU